CGAUCAAAAAAGGCAGCUUGUGAGGGAGCAAUUAACGUAACUUAACCAAAUAUUUACAUCUCGCAAUUGGCGGUACAUAUUAAUUCCUUACAUUUGCCACAGCGAUCAUGGUGUUUAGUGCACUACAACGCAUCUACUCCGGCUUUAUAAGCCCCCCACCUGCCACAAAGAAGGAGGGCGCGAUUCGAUUCGGACUUCUUGGCGCAUCAAACAUCGCCCCCAUUGCGCUGAUCAACCCCGCAAAGGCCCACCCGGAUGUCAUCAUAGCCGCCGUGGCAGCCAGAGACCGCAAUCGUGCCGAGACAUAUGCCAAGAAGUAUGACAUUCCUAUUGUACAUGCUUCCUAUGAGGACCUUCUCAACGACCCGUCUGUCGACGCGGUCUACAUCUCUCUCCCCAAUUGUCUCCACUACGAAUGGGCCGUGCGUGCUAUCCGCGCGGGCAAACACGUCCUCCUGGAAAAACCGUCCUGCGCCAAUAGCGAGGAGGCACGUGCACUCUUCAAUCAUCCCUUACUGCAACAGCCCGGUGCUCCAAUCGUACUGGAGGCAUUUCACUACAGGUUUCAUCCAGCAUGGCAGACAUUUCUUUCCUUCAUCCACCAGGGUCCUGAGGCAGGACCCGUAAGACACGCCCUGGCUCAACAGUAUGCACCUAACGGGAUGCUCCCUGCGGAUGAUAUUCGGUGGCGGUAUGACCUGGCCGGCGGUGCUAUGAUGGACUUUGGUACCUAUCCAAUGCAUUGUCUACGCCAGAUUUGGCGAGAGGAACCGACGGAGGUGGUGGAGGCAGAGUACAGGCCCGUACCUGUAGGGUCUGACCAUGGGGAGGAAACGCAGGUCGACCAGGCGAUGACAGCGACAUAUCGAACGGCAACUGGUGCGACGGGGAAGCUGAUUGCUGAUCUUGCUGCGUCGGGAGGCUGGCCGCUACUGCCAACUUCGUGGUCAAGUAAGUUGCCAGGCUUUGGGUGGCCGAAAUGUGAGGUUGAGUUGGGUGAGAAGGAGGUCGAAAUUGUUCAGGGUGAGAGCCGCUUUGUCAAGCGGAAGGUGACGAUCUGGAAUCAUCUUGUUCCGAGUUUGUAUCAUCGGAUUGAUGUGGAAGAUACCAACACGACCCAUCGAGAUGGGCAGAUCGUGAGGACCUGGAAGGAGACUAAGCAUGUCAAGGCUUAUACCUGGCCUUCAGAGGACGAACAGUUUGGCGUUGCGAAAGAGUGGUGGCCUACAUAUCUCUACCAGCUCCACGAAUUUGUGAGCAGGGUGAAGGGUGGCCAAAGCUCUGGGGCUUGGGUUGAUGGAGAUGACAGCAUCAAACAGAUGGAAGCUGUGGACCGGACAUAUGAGAAAGCUGGGCUGAGAAUACGGCCAACAAGUAGCUUUGAACUGUGAGCUGUAGCUAUAUUGUUGAAUUUACUUGUCCUUACUUGUCCUUUAUUAUUAUAUUAAUCGGAUUAAUCUUAGCAUACCUGUGAACCAGUAUGGGAAGUUGCAUUACCUAGUCA